UAAAUAAAAGAACAUUUUGGUCUUAACGCUUACUAGAUCAUACUCAGAGUUUUUUUUAAUUAUUUUUAUUUUGAUGUGGUUGGAUCUUAUUCGUACCCACAUUUUACGGCAAAUGCUCAGAUGACAGGUAUGUUACCUAAUUGACCAAUAGGGGUUCCAUAGCCGAUAGCAUCAUUUUGACCAAUGUCCAGCAUACUCUUUAUCAACGACCCCUCUCUCUUCGUUUUCUUUUCACGCUUUUAUUUUUCUUGCUUUGAAUGGUUUUAUUGCAGACAUGGCCGUGGAGCAACAGCUUCACAGCCAAAAUGGAAGAAAACGCAGUCCAAGAAGCAGCUUCCGGGCUUGAAAGUGUUGAGAAACUCAUCAGGUUACUUUCUCAAACUCAACAACAGCAAGAUGAUACUAGUAAUCAAGAAAAAUAUCAAUCUUCUCCGAUCUCUACAAGAUCCUCCUUGGAUUUAGAAAUGGACUGCAAAGCUGCAGCAGACGUUGCCGUCUCAAAGUUCAAGAAAGUUAUCUCUCUUCUGGGUCGAACCCGGACUGGACAUGCUCGUUUUAGAAGAGCUCCUGUAGCACCACCUGUUGCUACUAAUACUGAAACUAUUUCUCCCCCUGUUAACCAAAACCAAGCAAAUCAAGAGCACGAACGUAAGGUUUAUUACGCAAAGCCGAUCCAGCAGAUUCCAUCACCGGUUACUUAUCAUUCUCAUCAUCAUGAUUUUUUGCCUGUGAAAAGUGGGUGUUUAGAGAUGAAAGAUUCAUUAACAACCGUCACUUUUUCAUAUUCUUCUGCUGGGAAUUCGUUUAUGUCAUCCUUGAGUGGAGAUACUGAUACCAAGCCGCCAUCUUCAUCAUCUGCGUUUCAAAUUACUAAUCUUUCUCAGGUUUCCUCGGCUGGGAAGCCUCCUUUGUCUUCUUCUUCUUUUAAGAGGAAGUGUAGCUCUGAGAACUUGGGUUCUGGCAAGUGCAGUGGCUCUUCUGGUCACUGCCAUUGCUCUAAGAAAAGAAAGAUGAGAUUGAAAAGGGUUGUAAGGGUUCCAGCAAUAAGUCUGAAGAUGUCUGAUAUUCCACCAGAUGAUUACUCAUGGAGGAAAUACGGUCAAAAACCGAUAAAGGGAUCUCCACAUCCAAGGGCUUACUAUAAGUGCAGUAGCGUUAGAGGAUGUCCAGCUCGCAAACAUGUGGAAAGAGCUUUAGAUGAUCCAACGAUGCUAAUAGUCACCUAUGAAGGAGAGCAUAACCAUUCUCUCUCUGUUGCAGAAACCACCAAUCUCAUCCUGGAAUCUUCUUAGGACGAAAAACAUUUCAAUGCAGCAAAAUCCCCAUUUCUCAGUUAAUCUCGAAGGAGAUUUUUAGUGGGUUCGUUCAUUUCCCUGUAAAAUAUAUGGGAUUUCUUUCCUUCGUUUUCUUUUGGAUUUUACAAUUAUCAAAGAGAGAAAUUGCGUUUCAAUUUC